GAUCAAUUAGAUCAUAUAUUUUUCCAAUUGUGAUUUAAUUUUCGAAGUAUCAUAACUUUACUUGAUAUCGAUUAUAAUCGUAUUAUUUGUUCAAAUGGAAAGCAAAAAACCCUUUUUCUCAGUCUUGAGUAGUACAAAUGAAAAAGUGAUGUCCGAGAUCUAAAUACAUAUGAUAAGCCUAUGAGAUCCCGAUUGGGCACCCGAAUCACUCACUUCUAUCUAAUUGGAUCACAUUAGGUACUAGGAAAAUAACUUGUCUCUUAAUCAAGUCCUUAUGGUAUGGUUAAUAGGUAAUAACAUAUAUAAGUGGGGGUUUCUUUUUUCCUUCUCCAAAGAACAAAUGUCAAAAGUACCUUGCUAGUUACUACUCAUGUAUAGGUAGUGGUUGAUAAAGAAGUUAAAUCCUUUUUAGUUGUAGUAUAUAAGGAGAGAAUUUAUUUUUAAAAAAAUAAACAAGGAGAGAAUUUAUUCAUUGCCACAAACACAAGCAAGCAUUUUGACUCUCAUACCUAUUUGGAUCCCAUAUCCAAUAGUAUUUCUAGUGGAUGGUUGGGCAAACAAAGUUUCUAUAAAUUACCUCACAUAUUAUUAUUAGAUCGCCCGUUUGGGAUUUGUGACUUUGGCGAUGAAAGAUGCAUGAAAAUAUAUUGGUGAAGUAAGAGGAGAAAAUAAGGGUUGGACUUCCCGUGUGAUGAAGCAAAUUCAUAGGGUCCCUUUUAAGUAAAUAUGGUUAGAGGGUGUAAAGGGAAACACCAUUGAGUACCCUUUAACACUAAAGCAUAGCAAGUUCAAUCAUAAACAUCAUUUACUACUAAGUAUUCAUUAGAAAGAAAGAAGGUAGGAGGAAAUAAACAUACUUCUAACUAGUUCAAAUGAUUCUAUGACAGAGUCGUCUUAGUUUCAAGAUUCUUGGUUUAAAUUGGACAAUCAACUUCGUGCUUAUUUUCUUCUUCAACAUUGCAUAAGCUAUAUUUAUGAUAAGAGUCUUUUAUUGGCGCCCGAUAGGUAGGCUAUUAGAUUGGAGGGGAGGGGGAGAGGGGGGCAUGCAAGAGAAAAACUCCAAGCUCUAUAUUAAAACUAUCGACAAAGUCACAAAGUACGGGUUAGUUACAUCGAUGACUCAGAUUCGAUCAUCAUAUGAUCUCAAAUCCAUCACCCUACAAGUUCCAAUUCAUCACUCCAAGAUCGGAUCAACUUGAUGGGAAACAAGCUGGAAAAUUUCUAAGUGUUGGAACAGUUCUAGGAAGGCUACUUUGGAGGGAUGUUUCGUCCAAAUGAUUCAUUGAAAAUGCAGGGUUAGUGAAUUGUUUUAAAGCCUGGAUGUUCCUCUACAACUUAGAGUCCUUCGAGCUGCUCAAAAUCAUAUCCUGCAAUCUGAAAACUGUCUGAUUUGGGCCAAGGCACAAACUGAGUUUCAGGUACCUACUUUGGAGCAACAUUUGUGGAGUUCGGGGUACAACCAACUGGUGAUUCGAGUUGGGAAUAGAAGAGUGCAACUUUCUAAACCCAGAGAAGGGAUUGGCUGACCUCGACUCGAAAUGGAAGGCUAUUUUUCCAGGAGAUUGAAGAUGGAAUGAAGGUUGUUUCCUGGCAGCUUACUUGGUGAAGAAGAUUGUUGCUUGGUUGACAAGUUUCAUUGUUUGAUCGAAUUCCUUUCUUUGUUUAACUUGAAUUUGUUUAAUUGUUCAAUUAGGAUUAUGUUAGGUUGUUUCGUGGCUAUAAAUAGCCUCUUUCAUUGAUUGUAAGAGACAUUUUUUAGUUUAAUCAAAAAUUACUCCGAGGAGUUUUCCCUAGCUUGCGAGCUAGGUUUUCUUGGUUUUUGGCCAAGGAUUGCAGAUCAAUCAAGCCAAGUAUUCACCUUGAUUGAUUGGUGAAUCUACCCACGUUAGCCUCCUCCCCUUUGUGUUGAGGUUGCUGACCUGGUUCCUCUACUUUCCAUCGAUUCCACCCUCUGUUUUUACUACGAGAUCACCACCAUCACGACUCCUUUGUUUCCCGCUGUGAGAUUCUGAAACGAGUUCCCAUCCUUGGGCUCAUCAAAUCAGUACGCCAUAAUCAUCAAAAUGAAGAGAAGAAAAGAAAAGAUCAUAUAAACCCUAUAACAAGUUAUAUAUCAUGGGGAUGGAUUAAGGUGAUUUUGGUUUUUGGACAAUCAUCUAGGUUAAAGGGGUCAAGUAUGCGUUGAAACAUAUCGUUGCUAUCAGAAUUUAUGUUAUGUUUUUUGAAUUGGUUUGUCAAUUUCGACAACUUUAACUUAGACCUUCUUUUUUUUUUUGACGAAGAUGGACUGAAUGACCAUGUUGUGAGUGAGACCAUGUCUUUAGCUCUUCCAAACUUUAGUGAUAAAUUUGCUUAAAACUUACAGUUCAAUGACUACUAUUGUAAUAAUCCCACAAAGACCAGCAGGCCUUCCACUCAGGCACGACACAAAGCUCCCAAAGUUGUUCCCAAAAUGCCAAACAAGCCCUGAAAUUACUGAAUUUGUCCUUUGAGCCCCUUCUGUUGCUUCCAUAACUCGCCAAAUAAAAAUAGCACAAUGGGAUUAAAAUACAGAAACCAAUUUAACCAACAGGCAGCAGAACCGAAAGGUUGACUCUUGACUGCUAUGAAAGAAUCUUUGCGCUUCCAUGGCGCCAACGUUUGUACUAGCUCUCUGCCUCGAUCUCUUACUGCACAAAGAACGCGCCUUUUUCUGACACACACACACAGAAAAACAUAAAACAAACAUCCUCAAAAUAAAAAGUUCAUUCCUUUCGAUCUACACGAGAGCUUUCCUUUAUAGACAAUUCCUACACCAUAUAUAUAAUUUCUUCUUUUUUCUCUUUUUCUUCCAUCCCCAUCUUUUAAUUCCUUCCCUCCAUCUCCUUCCAACCAUUUUUGCAGGCUGUAAUUUGGAAGGAGAAAACAAAUUGGUUUUCCUUUAAAGCCUCAGUUACUCCGUUUUUUUUUUCCUGGGAUUUCUGCCACCCCGUGGCUCAAGGAGACAAUCCUUGACCUGGGUUUUGUUCCAUUGUUCUUGAUGAUAAUCAAUCUGGGGAAGAAAUUGGUUUGAAUGGGGAUUUACUGUAUGAGCUGAAAUUUUCUUGAAUGGGCGUGCUGUGAUUUCUUCAUAAUUUCCAGUGUGGAGGAAGGAAAAGGCUUGUAAGAGCUUUUGGGCGUGUAGGGAUUUCCCCGAUUCUUCCCUUGCGGAUUGGAGAAGUUUUGAUUCUUAGGUAAAAAACUUUACCUGGGCUUUUCUUUUUGGGUGCGGCUGUUUGUCUGAUUCUCUGAGGUGAAAAAGUCUGGUUCUUUAUGUAAAAGGAUGUCAUUUCUUGGUUUGUAGUAUUUGCUUUGUUGUUUGUUAUGGUGGGUUUCUCGGAGUUCACGAGAUAGAGGGAAAGGGAAAGGGAAAGGGAAAGGGAGAGGGAGAGGGAGAGGGGAUUGUUCCUUUUCAACUAACGUAUAUAAAUUCGGGUCGGGUCACAAUCCCAGAUUCCAUAAUUCAUCGCUUUCUUCCUUCCAUUCUGCCACUUUGAACAGUUAGAGCUCCAGAGUAAAUAGAGACAGAAGGAAAGAGUGGGUUGUAGUUUUGUUAGGACUCUCUCUCUCUCUCUUCUCAAAUUCACUUGUGGGAGGAUUUGGAGAAUCCAUCAGGGAAAAUAAGGGGCAGUGAGAUUCUGGUUGCAGGCGGAAAAGGCCCCCAAUUGUCUGCAGAUUUCACUGAAUUGAGAUUUGAUUUUUGGUAUAUGGGAGAAAAUAACAGUUCUUUCUUUCGUUGUUUAUUCUUUCUGGGUUUCCUUCCCUGAUCUUCUGGUGUCUUUUCAUGGAUGGAUGUGUAAACAGUUGAAUUCUGUGUGUGUUGAAGCCCAGGUGGGGGAAGAAGAAGGGGAAAUUCUGUUGUUUUUUGUGACGAUGAAGUUUCUGAGCCUGGUGGGGAAUUCAUUUGGCUGUUCAGCAUCUGGGGAAAGAUUAGUUUCAGCUGCCAGAGAUGGUGAUCUUCAGGAAGCUAAAGCCUUGCUUGAAUGGAAUCCAAGGCUAGCCAGAUACUCUACUUUUGGAGUCAGGAAUUCCCCUCUUCAUUACUCUGCAGCUCAAGGGCACCAUGAGAUAGUUUCACUAUUGCUCGAGUCUGGUGUUGAUAUCAACCUGAGAAACUACCGUGGCCAGACUGCAUUGAUGCAAGCUUGCCAGCAUGGCCAUUGGGAAGUUGUUCUGACUCUGAUCCUCUUUCGAGCUAAUAUUCACAGAGCAGAUUAUCUGAAUGGUGGUACGGCUCUACAUUUGGCUAGCCUGAAUGGUCACACGAGAUGCAUACGCCUGCUUCUCACCGAUUACAUCCCGAGUAUUCCCGAUUGUUGGGAGCUGUUGAGGAGCAGCAACGAAUCGUCGCAGAAGGAGUUGAUCUCCGAAUUCGAUGAGGGUGCCCUCCAUGAGGUUAUCAACAAACCUGCUGAUGGGGGAAUCACAGCUCUGCACAUGGCUGCACUAAAUGGACACGUAGAAACUGUUCAGUUGCUUCUGGAUUUGGGAGCUUCUGUCUCUGAAGUCACCGUGGAAGAUGGGACCACCAUUGAUCUGAUAGGAGCUGGAAGCACACCUCUCCAUUACGCUGCUUGUGGUGGAAACUUACAAUGCUGCCAAAUAUUGAUUGCCAAGGGUUCCUGUCUUGAUGCUGAAAACGCAAAUGGAUGGACUGCUUUAAUGGUUGCUAGAUCAUGGCAUAGAAAUGAGCUCGAGGAAAUUCUUAGUAGCCAACCUGCAGAGCAACACCAGCAGCAGAUGUGUCCUUAUCUCUCGAUUCCUCUCAUGAGCAUCGUUAAAAUUGCCCGGGAAUGUGGGUGGCGGAACAAUGAUCUCCUUCCUUCUUGUCAGGACCCAUGUGUUGUAUGCCUCGAAGCAAGGUGCACUGUUGCUGCAGAAGGAUGCAACCACGAGUUCUGUACUCGUUGUGCAUUGUACCUAUGUUCAACAAUAUGCACCUCAAUGGCUUCCCAAGGUCCCCCGGGCUCAAUUCCAUGCCCAUUAUGCCGCCAUGGGAUAGUCUCCUUCGCCAAGCUCCCUGGAACAAGGGCAGCCCUAAAGUCCAUGGGACACAGAACAACCUUGUCACUCCCAUUCUGUGCUUGUUCAUCGGAGGACCUAGAACCAAGCUUGCUGAAUGCACCAUUGUGCAAACCAGACUUCCAGUGCACGAGGUCAUCCUCAUUCCGGUCAUUAAGCUGCCAAAAGUUCCCCUCGAUGAAGUUCAACACCAGCAGGUGCAUUGGAGCACAAGACACAGAUUCAUCGUUGAUUCCUUCCUCUGUUGAUCCAAGCAUCAGGGAGCAGCUAGUGAGGUGCUCAAGGUCGAGGCUCAGGGGAUCAGGUUCUAACCACGAGCGAAGGAGGUCCUGGAUGUCGACGCUGAAUCAGUAUGUCACCAUAGGGAGUGGUUGCUGACCCAAAAGGUCUUCAUAUGAAUCACCUUUUUGUGCCAAUUUUUGCCUAUGGUGCUGAAUCAAUUUUUCUUUUUUUUUUUUUUGCUUGUUUAGAAUGUGAUACUCUUGAGGGAUUACUGUAAAUAUCUGAAAGAGAGAGAAGUGAAAGAAAGAAGCUGCAGAGAAUGGAAUAUUUGUGGUACUUUAAGCUUGAUUCCUCUUUGUACAUAAGAAAGAAAGAAACACAACACACCCAUAAUCAUAUAUACUACAUGUAACUUUUGUUAAAGGUCUUAAGUUUAAGCUGCUUCUUGUGGCUGAUAUAUUAAUCCAUGAAACUGAAUUUCCCCAUUUCUCCAGUUUUUCUACAUGGGGUUUCCAGAAAGUUUCGAUCUUUAGUACACACACUUCCAUGGAGAUUGUUACCACUGUGACUUGAAUAAUGCUGAUGAAAGUGUAGAACAGUAUACAAAACAAGGACUGAAGCCACCAUUAGUAGACCAGAACCAUUAAACAAAACAGACCAGGUUGGAUUCUCAUAACUGCAAACUUACAAACAAUUAGUUCAAUCUCUGUUUUAUUAAAGAGAAAGAUAAUUACAUUUCCAACUAGCCAAUGGAGGCUCAAGCUCAAGAGGGAUAGCAAAGGUGAAAAAACGUGAUACAUCUACUAAUUACGUAAACGAAAAAACUAACUUACUAAAUGUAAUUAAAAAUUAAAAUACUAAAAUAAGAUAUCUACAAAGUCUUGCAAGGUCAAGAAAACGAAAUGAGAGAACAUAAAAAUCGGAAAAGAAUAACUUCUGAUGCACAUGGUUAAAACAUAAGCUCGAUCAGGAUAGCGUCGGUGUUAAGACUACAUAGUCAUUCUCAACCUCCAGUACUUGAAGUUCGAUGGAGGGAGGAUACAGACAUCAUGGGACGAGGUGCAUGAAUGAACAGCUGAAGUAGCCAUUGACAGGUUGGUUUUUGGAAUGAAUUCUGUUACAAGAAGAUGGGACUGGAAGUGAGAGAAAUGAAGGAGGCAAGUGGGAAGAAGAUGAAGGAGAAGAAGAUGAGACAGAGGUGAAUGAAAUAGGAAGGUGAGGGAAUAGAUGAAGUGAUAUAAGAGGGAAAGAGCAGAUGGUUUGUGAAGGGAUGGAUGGAGUUUAUAUAGAGGAAAAUGGCAGAGACUAGAGAGAUGUAUUUGUUGUUUUUGGUUUUGGUUUUCUGAAAGAAGUAAAUAUGGAAAUCAGGAAAAGGUACUGACAUUCCCAAAAAUAUGUUUUUGGUUUCUCAAUAGAGAAGAGUUAUGGUCUUAUGGACAUGGACUAGUAAGUACAUCAAUACUCUUAUACCAUCUUCUUCCUAAUAGUUAUUAAUCUAAUUGUUCAUUAUUCAUUAGCUUAAUAGUAAGCAUUACUCUCAACAAUACUACAAUAGAUGUACAUUGGCGUAUUUGAGUCUUAAUGAUCAAAUUCGACACUACAUACAGUACUGGCGUUCGAGUGUAAUACGAUAUAUAGAAAGGGGGAACAAAUAGACGAAUGAAGAUAGAUAUAACAAGCAAUGUAGGCACAAGUGAUUCAAAGGCUAUUAGUGAGCAAAACGUAUGUUGUUAAUAAGAGAAAACUACUCAAAUAAUUGACAUCAUCUUAAUCGAACAAUAUAAUAAGAUAAAGUUAUAAUCUUUGU